AAUUUUGCACAAAUUUUCAUUAAUUAAUUUGGCCGUCAAAGGUUUCAGACUAUCCCAAACCUCGAUUUCCCUCUCAUUCAUUAUCCUCUCUCAAAAAAAAGAAAAAGAAAAAAAAAGACAUUAAACAAAAUAAAUAUAGAAAUAAAAUAUAUUAAAAAAUAAAAACUGCUAUAUGUAGAUUAGAAGCCAAUGAGCGCAUCCUUCUAUCUUUUCUGGUUGCGACCCAUCGUUGCCACUGAUAACCAAAUCUUCGCCCUAUUUCUCUGCGUCAUGCUAAUCGCUCCUCAACUCUGACAAUCAGUCGCAUUCUCCCCCUCUCUCUACGAGAGCAAACCGGCAAACAUCGAACAAAAACUACUCCUAUAUUUGCGCCAGUCUCUCUGCAUUUGAACAAGUCGUUGCCCACAUGCAGAUUUUGGUUCAUUUUCUGAUUGUAAGCUCUGUCCUCGGAUUUCACAAGGGUUUUCACAAGUUUAUUAUCGGCGGUGUUAUAUUGAUGGAUUGUGUCUCGUGUUUGAAGCAUUUAGCCCUGCAUUAUGAACUGGGAUGUGGUGUUUUCCUGUUUGGGGGAUUUAAAGAGGUUUACAGAAUUCUAGGGCUGUUUUUGCUGUUCGGAUUCGGACUCAAGUUUUUGCUCUCCUAUCAUUUCCGCAGCGGUUUACUUCGAUUUCUGUGCGGUUUGAGUGGGAAAUCAGGGAAUUCGAGUCUUGGGCUGUCGAAAUUCAUCGAUAAAAUAGAGAUGGAGAAGAUAGAAAAUUUGAAUUUUUGCAGAGAUAUUGAUGGGCAGAUUGAUUCUGAUUGGAAUGACGAAUUUGAUGCUAAGAACAAUGAUGUUGAUGGUGAAAAGGAGUAUAAAGAUGAAGAUGUUGAAUCUGAUAUCACAGCAUUGAGGAAAAUGCUUAAGAUUGAGCAUCAAAAACUGGAUGCUGCUCGUGCAGAGCUGGUGAAAGAAAGGGCCGCCUCGGCCACUGCGGCCGAGGAGGCGAUGGCGAUGAUUUUGCGGCUGCAGAAUGAGAAAAGCUUGCUUGAAAUGGAGUGGAGUCAGUACAGAAGAUUGGCUGAGGAGAAGCAAAUACACGAUCAACAAGUGAUCAAGUCGCUGCAGUGGCUCGUGUGGCAGCACGAGUUGAAGAGAGGCCUAAUCGAAGAUGACGACGAAGACGAUGAUGAUCAGCCUCAGCCAGCAACACCUCAGACUUGUUUCAAUGGUAACAUUUUGGAUGCUCUUGAAAAUGUGCUAUAUAGCUCCCGUGAUUCGGAUUGCUUCUUGUCGCCUUAGUAGAUUCUUGUUCUUGUAUAGUCCUGUUGUUCCAUAGAUUAGAUUCUUGCAUUUUG